AUGUAUGAUUCGUUGCAGGUAUUGCAACGCGACGUGGAAUGUCACGGACGCAUCGUGAGUUCCGUGGUGCGGCUGUGCGGUGGAGGCGACGCGGCCCGCGCACUGGAGCGCCGCUGGCACCUCCUCUACCUGCGCGCUAUUGAGUGGCAGUGUCACCUUGAGGCCUGCCUCGCGAAGACCGACAACCAGGGUUGCAUAUCAAUAGAAGAGGCGAGCGACAGUGACGAGGAGCCGGCUCUUAAGCAACCUCGGCUGAGCAGACGUGGCUCACCACGGCGACUCCGCACACCGCAACCUAGGAUCCGCAACCGUUCAUUCGACAGCCGACAGUCUGCCUCUGAGGAGGAAACAGACGAUGUGCUGACGUGCACGUGGGGUGGCUUUGAAUCCGACUAUUCGUGGUCACGGCGCGCGGACAGCAUGGAGCAGGACGAGCAUCGCGUGCCCGACCUCACGGACAGCGGCCCCCCUGAAACACUGCGACGUCUGCACGACCUCAGUACGCAGGAAACUGAAACGAUGAACUUCCACGAGCAAGUGAAAACACCACCGACGGUUGUUAAAAGGAAGAAACCAGUGGACACGUCCAAAUUCAAUCAGUCCGAUAGGAAAUCGAAGAACUGCGCCACUUUUUACUUUAGGCAUCACGACACCGAUUCUGAUGGAAGGCAAAUGAUCGAGACGGACGAGAAGUCACAAGAGUCCUCGGAGGAGGAAUGGACGUACGUCGGUAGUCCAAAGAUCGCCAACGAAGAUUCCACUGACCUCAUGACGUCAUCAGUGGAGAUCCAGUGCGAGCUCCCCGUUGACGAGAAGAAAGAAAAAUCGCCUUCACCCAAACCUAAGUUGGAAUCGAAUACACCGGACCUCAUCAAAGUGGACGCUAGAUGUAAGGACAUCGAAAGACUGGUGAUUCAGGCCGAGGAAUUGGUUCAGAAGCAAGCGCAGCAGCAAAUGAAAAAGAAAGGAUCGAGAAGCUUCAAGCCGCUUAUGUUCGAAGAGGAGGGGAAAUCAGUCAGCCGGGUGAAGAUGUCCAGGAUAAAAGAGUGGCUGAAUCAGAGCACGGAGGGCGAACGUUCGAAGAACGAUAGCAAUCAGUGCACGGAAAGUUACGAUGCGUCGGGUGAAUACACCACGGAGAGCGAAGUGGAUACCUCGUUGACUUCUGAAGAGCGCAACUUACAUUCGUCGAUGGACAUGAGCACGUCCACUUGUACCGUCACCCCAACACAUCAAGCCAAGGUGCAGCUGCGGAAGAAACGCAGCGGGCCGCGGCCGUGGUCGGUGUCGUGCCUGUCGCAGCUACCGGCGCCGCCGCCGCCCGCCAUCUCGCACAACAUGUCCAUCUCCGAGUCCGCUCUGCACACGCUCGCCGCGCCGCCCGAGCCGCACGCCUCCUCGCACUCCAACGGCAAGCUGCGCGGCAGCAACACCACGGUACAGGUAUGUACACUGUGCCGCCCGCCAUCUCUCACAACAUGGCCAUCUUCGAGUCCGCUCUGCACACGCUCGCCGCGCCGUCCGAGCUACACGCCUCCUCGCACUCCAACGGCAAGCUGCGCGGCAGCAACACCACGGUACAGGUAUGUACACUGUGCCGCCCGCCAUCUCGCACAACAUGUCCAUCUCCGAGUCCGCGCUGCAUACGCUCGUCGCGCCGCCCGGGCCGCAUGGCUCCUCGGACUCCAACGGCAAGCUGCGCGGCAGCAACACCACGGUACAGGUAUGUACACUGUGCCGCCCGCCAUCUCGCACAACAUGUCCAUCUCCGAGUUCGCGCUGCACACGUUCGCCGCGCCGCCCGAGCCGCACGCCUCCUCGCACUCCAACGGCAAGCUGCGCGGCAGCAACACCACGGUACAGGUAUGUACACUGUGCCGCCCGCCAUCUCGCACAACAUGUCCAUCUCCGAGUCCGCUCUGCACACGCUCGCCGCGCCGCCCGAGCCGCACGCCUCCUCGCACUCCAACGGCAAGCUGCGUGGCAGCAACACCACAGUACAGGUAUGUACACUGUGCCGCCCGCCAUCUCGCACAACAUGUGCAUCUCCGAGUCCGCUCUGCACACGCUCGCCGCACCGUCCGAGCUACACGCCUCCUCGCACUCCAACGGCAAGCUGCGUGGCAGCAACACCACAGUACAGGUAUGUACACUGUGCCACCCGCCAUCUCGCACAACAUGUGCAUCUCCGAGUCCGCGCUGCACACGCUCGCCACGCCGCCCGAGCCGCACGCCUCUUCGCACUCCAACGGCAAGCUGCGCGGCAGCAACACCACGGUACAGGUAUGUACACUGUGCCGCCCGCCAUCUCGCACAACAUGUCCAUCUCCGAGUCCGCGCUGCACACGUUCGCCGCGCCGCCCGAGCCGCACGCCUCCUCGCACUCCAAAGGCAAGCUGCGCGGCAGCAACACCACGGUACAGGUAUGUACACUGUGCCGCCCGCCAUCUCGCACAACAUGUCCAUCUCCGAGUCCGCGCUGCACACGUUCGCCGCGCCGCCCGAGCCGCACGCCUUGUCGCACUCCAACGGCAAGUUGCGCGGCAGCAACACCACGGUACAGGUAUGUACACUGUGCCGCCCGCCAUCUCUCACAUGUCCAUCUCGCACAUGGCCAUCUCCGAGUCCGCUCUGCACACGCUCGCCGCGCCGCCCGAGCCGUACGCCUCUUCGCACUCCAACGGCAAGCUGCGCGGCAGCAACACCACGGUACAAGUAUGUACACUGUGCCGCCCGCCAUCUCGCACAUGUCCAUCUCCGAGUCCGCGCUGCAUACGCUCGCCGCGCCGCCCGGGCCGUAUGGCUCCUCGUACUCCAACGGCAAGCUGCGCGGCAGCAACACCACGGUACAGGUAUGUACACUGUGCCGCCCGCCAUCUCGCACAUGUCCAUCUCCGAGUCCGCGCUGCACACGCUCGCCGCGCCGCCCGGGCCGCACGCCUCCUCGCACUCCAACGGCAAGCUGCGCGGCAGCAACACCACGGUACAGGUAUGUACACUGUGCCGCCCGCCAUCUCGCACAUGUCCAUCUCCGAGUCCGCGCUGCAUACGCUCGCCGCGCCGCCCGAGCCGUACGCCUCUUCGCACUCCAACGGCAAGCUGCGCGGCAGCAACACUACGGUACAGGGUCACGUGUCAAGCACUAACACAAUGACGGAGGCGUGUACGUCUUGCGUCGAAGCGAACGAGAAGCAGUGUUGGCUUCGGCGUAAACGGCUCAAGCUUCGGAAGCACAACGCUUCCGAGAGACGCGAUAGGCUCGUCAAGUCGCUUUCUUUCUGCGGGAGGCUGAGUCCUGAAAUAGAGGAUAAAAACGAGAGGAGUGCUGCUAGCGAUCCGGCCACCGGUAGAAAGUAUAGAUUCGACACAACAUCCACCUCCGGCAACGACAGUGACGAAGAACUGAUCAAACAACAACUAGCAACCAUCGCUCAUUUACGCAAAAGUAUUGAAAAAACACACAUAUCCACCAAGGAACCGGACAGUGCCAUCCCGGAACAGAACGAGCCGGAAAUAGUGACGCCCAGCUUCAAACUUGGUCCAGAAGGGGGGCACGUUAGACCCAGACUGACUAGGAGUACAGAAAGAGAAAGGUCGUUCAUAGCCCUGAGCUUAGGAGACCCCAGUCAGCUCUGGGAUCUGUCCAUAGACAAGGAUUCCGACGUGGAUAAGAGUGUUACGGCCGGCACUGAGGAGCACAGCUCGUUCUCGGAGCAGGCUUGGGAUUUCUACCAGGAAAAAUACAACUCGGAACCAUAUUCUGAGGCCCCAGACUCUGAUGCUGCCCGAAGACUUCUUGAAUUCGGAGAUGACUACCGUGCCUACCUAGACUCACAAUCAGACUGUUGUUCUAGUCUAUCAGCUCAACCAGAACAGGAUCGUAGCCCCACAGGCACUCGACGACGCAGACCUCCUUCCGAAAUGUCUCGAGAACGAAGCCUUCCCCGUUACAAACGACCCACUAGAACCUCACCAGUUGAAACACCUCUCAGAAAGCCCAAAAAGUCAAUAUCUAGUGCUGAACGCAAAAAGAUGCUUCUAGAUAGCUUAGAAAAGUCCAGGAAUAGUGUAGAGAGCAACGAAAGUCUGCGCAGACGCAAACAGUCAGAGAGCGAACGCAAAAGCAAACGUUCGCCCGAAUUCGAUCUUCUCAACAUUCAAGCAUUGAGCCGAAGGCGUCACAGUUCCAACCUGACCAGUGACGAAGUUAACAGUUCCCUAGAGUAUACCGAAGUGAACAACCGGCCUGAUAUAUUAGACUCUUUAAAUAGAAGAAGAAAGAAUACGGACAAGGAUGGAGAGAGUGAACUACAAAAGGUAGCUUUGUCAGAAUUGCGACGGAAGUCAACCGAAGGCGCGCAUUCGGAGGACGAAGCGUCAAGUCCUAAGAAGCAUAGUAGAAGGAACUGGGAGGGAGACUCCGAUUCGGAGUCUGAGGAAGUCAGGUCCCUUAUACGGAGGUCCAGUUCGCAGCUGGAAGCAGCCGAAGCGGCAAUGGCGAGGCAAGAUUCGUCGCCGGAUCUCCUCCGCGCGUUCGACUACACGGAGAUCGUAACGCGUUGCCGCGAGAACAUCAACUUAUUGGACGCGGCACUCGCCGACGGCUCCGUUUUGUCGUCCGGGUUGCAAAGAGACAUACGAGGUUUGUAA